AGCCUACGCGAUUUUAAUUCCGAUGACCGAUCAUUUCAAAUAACGCGUCAAAAAAUCAGCGUCAUAGAAAUAUUGUUUUGUUGAAAAUUCCCAUCACAAGUCGUAAGAAACAAAGAUGCAAGGACUGUUCAGGGAUCCGGCACUGGAGCGCCACUUCACUGGCCACUCGGGCGGCAUCACACAGCUGCGCUUUGGUCCCGAUGGUUCCCAGAUCGCCACCUCGUCCACGGACUCCACGGUGAUCCUGUGGAACCUCAACCAGGCGGCCCGCUGCAUUCGCUUUGCGUCGCACUCGGCUGCGGUGAACGGUGUGGCCUGGUCGCCCAAGGGCAACCUGGUGGCCUCCGCCGGACACGACCGCACCGUGAAGAUCUGGGAGCCGAAGUUACGCGGCGUUUCCGGGGAGUUUGUGGCCCACAGCAAGGCGGUGCGCAGCGUGGACUUCGACUCCACCGGUCACUGGAUGCUAACCGCCUCCGAUGACAAGUCGGCGAAGAUAUGGCGCGUUGCCAGGCGGACGUUUGUGUCUUCGUUUGCACAGCAAAACAACUGGGUGCGCAGCGCCAAGUUCAGUCCCAAUGGCAAACUGGUGGCCACCGCCAGCGAUGACAAGUCGGUGAGGAUCUACGAUGUGGACAGCGGUGAGUGCGUGCGCACCUUCACCGAGGAACGAGCCGCUCCACGGCAACUGGCCUGGCAUCCGUGGGGCAAUAUGUUGGCCGUCGCCCUCGGCUGUAACCGCAUCAAAAUCUUCGACGUUUCCGGCAGCCAGCUGUUGCAGCUUUACGUGGUGCACUCGGCGCCGGUCAACGAUGUGGCCUUUCAUCCUAGCGGACACUUCCUGAUCUCCGGCAGCGACGACCGCACCAUUCGCAUCCUAGACCUGCUGGAGGGAAGGCCCAUCUACACUUUGACGGGCCACACUGAUGCGGUGAAUGCGGUGGCAUUCAGUCACGAUGGCGACAAGUUUGCUACCGGUGGUAGUGAUCGCCAGCUCCUGGUCUGGAAGUCGAACCUACACACCUAUGAUGCUUCGCAGUUUGAAGCCAAGUCUGCCCUGGCUUCCUCCGGUUGCGAAAGCAGUGGCGUCUCCUCGAAACAGAGCGUAGGCAGUUCCAAGUCCAAUGACCUCAGUAUCCGCAUUGAUCCGCGCCAAUCCCUGGCCUAUCAGCUGUCGGAGGAAAACUUCCAGGUGCUCGACAGUAAACACUCGACUCAGCCGGACAAGCUGCUCGGUCACGGCAUGGACUUCAAGCAGCAUAGCUCCAGCCCGCGCUUCUUUUAACCAACACGAUCAGUAGCCUUUGUCGCACAUAACCAGCCGAACAUUCCGCAGGUACUGGACGUGUCCAUCGAAUCUGGGUCGGACUUGUGCUCCUGUUCCGGGCGGCUGGACGAGAUCAGCAAACUAUUGGAAUCGAUCGAUGAGCGUGUGCGGCGAUUGGAGGGCAUAUACUCUUUAUAGCUCCCUAAAAUACAAUUAAACGUAAUUAAAUCUAAUGUACCAAUCAUAAUUAAUUACGAUCCUUGAUAAUUAUUUUGUUAAAUUAUUAUAUAUCCGCUACGCUGUAUGACGCAUUUUAUAAAAAGCAAUUGAACAAUUGUAAA